GGAAGUGUUCCUCUCCGUGUUAGCCUCCUCGCUGCUAGCUGUUAAUGUGAUAGUCAUGGGGGGUCCGGAGCUCCUGCUGGACUCCAGUAUUCGGAUGUGGGUGGUGCUGCCCAUCGUCUUCAUCACCUUCUUCGUGGGGAUCAUCCGUCACUACGUCACUCAGCUGCUGCACAGUGACAAGAAGAUUGAGCUGGAGCAGGUGUCCGACAGUCAGGUGCUCCUGCGUAGCCGCAUCCUCAGAGAGAAUGGAAAGUACAUCCCUCGACAGUCGUUCGCUAUGAGGAAACAUUACUUCAACAACUCAGAGACCGGCUUCUUCAAGAAAGUGAAGAGGAAAGUCGUCCCCAAGAACCCCAUGACAGACAGCAGCAUGCUAACAGACAUGAUGAAGGGGAACCUGACCAACGUGCUGCCGAUGAUUGUGAUUGGUGGAUGGAUAAACUGGGCGUUCUCUGGAUUCGUCAUCACUAAGGUGCCGUUUCCUCUGACGCUGAGGUUCAAGCCGAUGUUACAGAGAGGCAUCGACCUGCUGUCACUGGAUGCAUCCUGGGUGAGCUCAGCGUCCUGGUACUUCCUCAACGUGUUUGGACUGAGAAGCAUGUACAGUCUGAUCCUGGGUCAGGACAACGCUGCCGACCAAUCACGGAUCAUGCAGGACCAGAUGACGGGCGCUGCCAUGGCGAUGCCCCCUGACCCCAACAAGGCCUUUAAGAGCGAGUGGGAGGCGCUGGAGAUCGUAGAACAUAAGUGGGCUCUGGAGAACGUGGAGGAGGAGCUGAUGUCCAGAGACCUGAACUUUGGAACCUUCUUCAGCCAAGACAUCAAGUCCACGAUGUUCUAGACCGGCGAGGACCUGCUGGCUCCAGAACGUCUGAGUUCCACGUCUCUACACUAGAACCUGUUCUGGAGGUCUGAGAACACGGAUCCACGUGUGAGGAACGUCUGUUUGCUGCCUCUGAUCUUUUAUUCACUGUCUGCCUUUUUUCAGCCUCCAAAUGUAAAACAUCAGAUUUUGGCAGAACGUUGUGCCUUCAGGAACCUUUCACAGUGGAACCGAAACGUUCUAGUCCAAAGCUUCAGGAACCUUUCACAGUGGAACCGAAACCUUCUAGUCCAAAGCUUCAGGAACCUUUCACAGUGGAACCGAAACCUUCUAGUCCAAAGCUUCAGGAACCUUUCACAGUAGAACCGAAACCUUCUAGUCCAAAGCUUCAGGAACCUUUCACAGUGGAACCGAAACCUUCUAGUCCAAAGCUUCAGGAACCUUUCACAGUGGAACCGAAACCUUCUAGUCCAAAGCUUCAGGAACCUUUCACAGUAGAACCGAAACGUUCUAGUCCAAAGCUUCAGGAACCUUUCACAGUGGAACCGAAACGUUCCAAAGCUGCUUCCAGCUCUGUGGUUCUAGUCUUCACUUCAUCAGAUUUACAUUUAGUUUAAGAAUCAAACACAUCUGUAGUUUUUACUGGAAAUCUCUGAAAUGAUCCGUUACCAUGACGACAAGAACACAGCUGAUUUAUUAACUUCACAUGAACACAGAUGAUGAUUAAAUAUAUUUCUUGUAGUUUGACUCAAAGUCCACUUAGAAGCUUUUUCUGGAGCUUUCAGCCUCGUCAGUCGUCUGAAGAGUGAAACGUGAAAGUGAAUAUGUUUAUAUGUAUUUAUGUAUUUAUAUGUACGUACAUAUAUAAAC